CACGUUCCCAGCUUAACUUCUCCUGCCGAGAGCGGCGUUCUCGUCCGUUCUGGGAAGCUAUAACAGCUUCCAUUCUUAUAAGAGGACUUCGAACAAAAUGGAGUGUCUCCUCCCAAGCCAAGUCUGCGUGUGUGUUCAGGGCGAUGGGGCCAGAUGACGGCCCGUGUGCGGCCGUGGCCUGGAGGAAGGUGCUGUGGGAGCGCCAGCCAUACCCGGACAACUACGUGGACCGGCGCUUUUUGGAGGAGCUGCGCAGGAACGAGGGCCUCCGCCAGUACCGCUACUGGGCCGUGGUGCGUGAGGCGGGCCUGGUGGGGCAGCAGCUCUCCUGUGUGGCCAUUUUCAUCACCCUCUGGCUCUACAUGGAGCAGGGCCUUCUGUCUCCGGGGACCCUCCUGGUUAUCAGCCUGGUUAGCUCCCUGCUAGGCUACGGACUGUACCAAGCCCUCACAUCUCAAGCGGAACCGGUUCCCCAACCUCGGACCCGUCUGGCCGAUUUACAGAGCGCCGCCAUUUUCCUGGCCUUCAUCUUCGGCUUCUCGCCUGUGCUAAAAACGCUCACAGAGUCCGUGAGCACGGACACGGUGUACGCCAUGUCGGCCAUCAUGCUGUUGGCUCACCUGGUGUCUUUCCCUUACGCACACCCCUCGACCCCAGGCUGCCUGUCCCUCAACGCGGCCCUGUUCGCCUCAGUGUGUCUGGCCUCUCGCCUACCGGGCACCCUUCAUACCUUCACCAUGCUCAGCUGCGCUCUUAUGGUCUUCGCCUUGUGGCCCUGCCUGCUGGGGCAGGUGAAGGACAGGGCCCCGAGCUACCUUGCGGCCGUAUGCGCGGGGGUGUGCGCGGCGGGCGUCGGCGGCCUAGCGCCGCGGUGGCCCGUCGGGUCGGCCAUCCUGGCGCUGGCCCUGGUGAGCGUGAUGCUAAUGUGCCCCUGGCUGCUGGUCUGGCUGCAGCGGCACAAGGACAACAUUCACGGGCCUUGGGACGAGGCGGAGAUCCACGAGGACCUCAGCCGCUUCCUCCAUUGAAGAAGACCCCAAAAAAAACAUCAUGACUAACAUUUAAAUACGGUAUCAUCCAAGUGUUUAUCAUAAACAAGACAGGUUUUAUUUUUAAAGGGUAUUUCAAAUAUUACUAUAAGUCACUGUAACACUAUGCACAGUUCAAACAUUAACACUGCACUAAAAUUUAAAUGAUUCAAUUAAAAUGUAUUUCACAAAGUGACUUUUGUCUUAAAAUCCAGCAUUUAAAGAUUAAAUGCCAAUGUUUUUAACGUAAAAUACAACAGAACUGUACUUGGCCAGUGAUUCCUCCCCACAUACCAUUUGAGAGCCUUCGAAGGACUAGUGGAAUGCCUUCAAAACAUUAAGAAUCACUUGCAUUAACAAAAAUGUUGCACCCUGGAAUUUGCCUAAAAUGGCUACUUUGAACCAAAAUGGACAACUUCCUGUUCAAUUUCGCCCAUGGGUCCUGGAGAUUUUUUCAUGUCCUCUUAUGAUCGACAUGUACACCCAAGUUUGGUGUCGAUCAUUGAAACUGGUGUCAGGGGAUUAUGUUUUUUCCGACUUUCCGAUAAUUCUCAAAAUUAUCUGUAAAUCUGAUACCAUGCAGCCACCACAGAUUGUGUAGGCAAAAAGGUUUUGCAAUUUAGUGUCACCCACCUGUCUUACGAUACCCGUUUCCAAUUGCCGUUUGCCCAAAAUGUCUGCUUCAAACCAAAAUGGCCGACUUCCUGUUCAAUUUUGGGUAUGGGUCCUUGAGACUUGUGCGUCGUAAAGGCUAACCAGAAUAUUAGAAACAGAUUUCAGGACGACAAAAAAACUGGACAGUCCAUUAUCUUUGUAAAGGCAUUUUUUGUCUAUUGGAUCUCAUUAGAUAGUGUGGGUGAACCGAAUUCAUUGAGAGCCAAUGAAGAGAUAGAUUUACUGUCAGAUCCUUUUUUAUGAACACUCUAAAUUUACUUGCAGGGAACAAGUUUUUAGAGAUGCAGCUGCUAUUUUAAUAUUUAAAGUGUUGACCUCAUCAGUUUAAGUUACAUUAAAAUGUUAAUACUAUACACUCAUUUAAUAUGGUGCAUCAGGAAAGUAUUCACAGUGCUUUACUUUUUUCCACCCACAUUUUAUGUUUCUGCUUUACUCCAAAAUUAAAUUAUCCCCCUCCCCCCCCCCCCCUUGAUAUUCUGCACACAAGAUCCCAUAAAGACAACAUGAAAUGGGUUUUAAAUAUUUUGCAAAUUUAUUAGAAAUGAAAAACAACAUUUCCACAUUUUGUUAGCCUUAUUGCAAAUUUAAAUAUUUUCCUCUCAAAAUUAUACAUGAAAAAUCCCAAUAUUAUUUUUCAAAUUUAUUAGAAAUAUUCUUCUUUUCCUUUCGGCUUGUCCCUUUAGGGGUCGCCACAGCGCGUCAUCCUUUUCCAUGUAAGCCUAUCUCCUGCAUCCUCCUCUCGAACACCAACUGCCCUCAUGUCUUCCCUCACGACAUCCAUCAACCUUCUCUUUGGUCUUCCUCUGGCUCUCUUGCCUGGCAGCUCCAUCCUCAUCAUCCUUCUACCAAUAUACUCACUCGCUCGCCUCUGGACGUGUCCAAACCAUCGAAGUCUGCUCUCUCUAACUUUGUCUCCAAAACAUCGAACCUCGGCUGUCCCUCUGAUGAGCUCAUUUCUAAUUUUAUCCAACCUGGUCACUCCGAGAGCGAACCUCAACAUCUUCAUUUCCGCCACCUCCAGCUCUGCUUCCUGUUGUCUCUUCAGUGCCACAGUCUCUAAUCCGUACAUCAUGGCUGGCCUCACCACUGUUUUAUCAACUUUGCCCUUCAUCCUAGCAGAGACUCUUUGGCACAUAACACACACCUUCCUCCACCCGUUCCAACCUGCUUGGACCCGUCCUGACCACACUCACCAUUGCUCUGGAUGGUUGACCCCAAGUAUUUAAAGUCCUCCACCCUUGCUAUCUCUUCUCCCUGUAGCCUCACUCUCCCCCCACCACCGCUCUCAUUCAUGCACACAUAUUCUAUUUUACUUCGGCUAAUCUUCAUUCCUCUGCUUUCCAGUGCAUGCCUCCAUCUUUCUAACUGUUCCUCCACCUGCUCCCUGCUUUCACUGCAGAUCACAAGGUCAUCUGCAAACAUCAUGGUGCACGGGGAUUCCAGUCUAACCUCAUCUGUCAGCCUAUCCAUCACCACUGCCAACAGGAAGGGGCUCAGGGCUGAUCCCUGAUGCAGUCCCACCUCCACCUUAAAUUCAUCUGUCAAACCUACAGCACACCUCACCGCUGUACUGCUGCCCUCGUACAGGUCCUGUCUUAUUCUAACAUAUUUCUCUGCCACUCCAGACUUCCGCAUGUAGUACCACAGUUCCUCUCUGCGUACUCUGUCAUAGGCUUUCUCUAGAUCUACAAAGACGCACUGUAGCUCCUUCUGACCUUCUCUGUAGUUUUCCAUCAACAUCCUUAAGGCAAAUAAUGCAUCUGUGGUACACCUUCUAGCCACGAAACCAUACUGUUGCUCGCAAAUACUCACUUCUGUCCUGAGUCUCGCCUCCACUACUCUUUCCCAUAACUUCAUUGUGUGGCACAUCAACUUUAUUCCUCUAUAGUUCCCACAGCUCUGCACAUCACCCUUGUUCUUAAAAAUGGGCACCAGCACACUUUUCCUCCAUUCCUCAGGCAUCUUCUCACCUGCUAGAAUUCUAUUAAACAAGCUGGUCAAAAACUCCACAGCCACCUCUCUCUCAUAGAUGCUUCCAUACCGCCACAAGUAUGUCAUCAGGACCAACUGCCUUUCCAUUUUUCAUCCUCAUUAAUGCCUAAUUUCCCCCUUACUAAUCAUUGUCACUUCCUGGUCUACCACACUUGCAUCUUCUACUCUCCCUUCUCUCUCAUUUUCCUCAUUCAUCAACUCCUCAAAGUAUUCUUUCCAUCUAUCUAGCACACUACUGGCACCAGUCAACAUAUUUCCAUCUCUAUCCUUAAUCACCCUAACCUGCUGCACAUCUAUAUCCCUCUGUCUCCUCGGUCCUCUCAGUGUCCCACUUCUUCUUAGCUGACCUUUUUCCUUUUAUGAUUUCCUGUACUGUGAGGUUCCACCACCAAGUCUCCUCUCCUUUCCUGCCAGUAGAUACACCAAGUACUCUCCUGCCUGCCUCUCUGAUCACCUUGGCUGGAGUGGUCCAGUCUUCUGGAAGCUCCUCCUGUCCACCGAGAGCCUCUCACACCUCUUCCCGAAAAGCUGCACAACACUCGUCCUGUCAGAUUCAUCAUCUGAAUGCUCUGCCUUUGUCUUCCUAAUCUUCCUCCCCACCACCAGAGUCAUCUUACACACAACCAUCCUAUGCUGUCGAGCCACAUUCUCCCCUACCACUAUUUUACAGUCGAUAACCUCCUUCAGAUUAGAUGUAAUCCACCUGUGUGCUUCUACCUCCACUCUUGUAGGUCACCCUAUGUUCCUGCCUCUUCUGGGGGAAAAAAAGUGUUCACUACAGCCAUUUGCAUCCUUUUUGCAAAGUCUACCACCAUCUGUCCCUCCAAGUUCCUUCCCUGGAUGCCGUACUUACCCAUCAUGUCCAUUACAAUCUGCACCAAUCAUGACUCUCUGGGAUGCUCAGAACUACUUUGUCUCUCUCCUUCCAGAAUUUCUCUUUCACCUAAACGUCACAUCCUACCUGUGGGGCAUAGCCACUAAUCACAUUAUACACAACACCCUCACUUUCAAGUUUCAGCCUCAUCACUCGAUCUGAUACUCUUUUUACCAUUUUCACCUAAGACAUUCUGAGCCAACUCUUCUUUUAAAAUAACCCCGACUCCAUUUCUCUUCCCAUCUACACCAUGGUAAAAUAAUUUAAACCCUGCCCCAAAACUUUUAGCCUUACUGCCUUUCCACCUGGUCUCCUGGACACACAAUAUAUCAACCUUUCUCCUAAUCAUCAUGUCAACCAACUCCUGAGAUUUUCCUGUCAUAGUCCCAGCAUUCAAAGUCCCCACAUUCAGUUCUAGGCUCUAUGCUUUCCUCUUCUCUUUCUGCCGAAGAAUCCGCUUUCCACCUCUUCUUCGACUCACCACAAUAGCUGAAUUUCCACCGGCGCCCUGCAGGUUGGCGGACAUUGUUAACCCGGGCCACGACCGAUUCGGUAUUGAAUUCUUGGGAUGAACGCUCAUAUUUGUUUGGCACAGUUUUAAGCCGGAUGCCCUUCCUGACGCAACCCUCUGCAUUUAUCCGGGCUUGGGACCGGCCUACAGUUUGCACUGGAGUGUGCCGCCCAUAGGGCUGCAUUUAAAAUGUAUUAAAAAUGAAAAGCUAAAUGUGGGGAAAAAAGUGACAUGAGAAAAGUGAAAUGCAGUGAAUAAUUUCUGAAAUGGGUUCUAAUGAUGUUCAAUAUAAUGUAUUUAAUUACACUGCAGUAUGUGAAAAUGAAGAAUUUUAAUACAAUAAAUAACACUAUGAUCAUGUAACAAACUCUUAACCUUAAAAAAAAAUAAAAUCCUAGGGUUACUGUGAUUGUUGGCAAUGGAGAACAACUUUUUUUUCCCCCUUAAAGCUUGAAGCGUUUUGAGCUCUAGAGAGCAGCACACUCCUUCCAUAGUUUCAGCUUAUUUUCCCCCAAAGAUCACAAGACCACGGCAAUCCGACACUCGACACUAACUGAAGGCAGGCUCCUUUACCGCACUACUUCCUGUUUUUCAUUGGGAUGUUUUAUAUUGAUGGCCUACAAAUUUUUUGGGAUACAAAUAAUUACUGUAGUUAUGACUUAAUUACUGCCUUGUAACAGACUACGGGUAGUAAUUGCCAUUACGUCACCGCUGUUGGAACCUGUAUAGUAUGAAAUGUUGUAAAAAUAAAGUUCUCUAAUCUUACUAGAAAACCUUUGCAUGACUUCAAGAUUAUUAUUUUUUUAAUUAGAACUCAUCCGUCCAUCCAUCCACCUACCAGUGGUGUGUCACCCUGGACUGGUCGCGAGUCGAUUGCAGGGCACAUAUAAACAAACAAGCAUGCCCGGCAGUCACUCAGAUAUUCCAAAUUGAAGACGAAUGCUACUGAAAAAUAAAACGGCUCUUUAUUAAAAAGAAAGUUAUAAAAUAGUGGUUGUUUUUUUCUCCUGUUCAUAAAAUAGCAUAUUUAUAUGUACACAAAGUUGAGGCACUUGAAAAAUCAGCAGCCAAUGCUAGCGUAUGUACAAAAGAGGCUCACGACUGGCGAAGUGUGCAGACGGCAGCACUCGGGCCGGGUCGCAAGUUGCACAGCUGGAUAGUGGUCGUCGGGACGGGGAGGUGGGGUGGUCCUCCUAUUUGGG